AUAACAACGAUGCGUCUGACGCUUCUAUUGGCAUUAUGUGGCAUAGCCCUAGCCAAACAUCAUAAGCGGAGAGUUCCGAUCAUUGACUUACAUGGAGCCGACCAGUUAGUGGCAAAUAUUCGCGAGGAUGAAAAUGUUCUCACCACCGUGCCGGACCUCUCUAUCGUUGCCGAAACAGGUCCCGUAUGCAAGUAUCUGCUCAGUUCGGUAUCGGACAAGGACGUACCGUUUGACGUGCAGGUCAUCGAUCAGUUCACUGGAGCAGCCGUCAUCAGAGUGAAGGAUGCAACCACAUUGGACUGCAAAAAGAACCAGUAUGAACUGCAAGUGGUGGCUGUACGAUGCGAGGAUGACAGCAUCCGCAGUGAACCGGUUGUGUUGAAAGUUUCCGUCAAGGACACGAACAACCAUUCACCGGAAUUCGACAGCCCAUGGUACACAUUCACCGUUGAUGAAGGAAAAAUUCACGAUGAAAUCGCUGUACUAAAAGCCACGGAUGCCGAUUGUGGUAAUCCCUAUGGACAGAUUUGCGAUUUCGAAAUUGCAAACGGACUUAACGACUUCCCAUUUACCAUAAAUAAUCAGGGAGUUUUACGAAAUACCAAGCCGUUAAACUACACUGCAGCAAAAUCGUACAUUCUUACGGUAGUGGCAAUUGAUUGUGGUAUGAGACGAAGUAAAAGCGCCUUGGUUACGGUAAACGUCAAGGAAACUUGCGUCCAGGGACAUACUGGCGUUACUGACAGCUACAUGGCCGGAAAUGGUCCAAAACUUGUACUCCCGAACGUUCAAGCUCAUAUUUGUGCACAGGAAUCGGCUUGUGACGUGAAAAGCGUUCACUCGACGGUUAAACUCCAAGCAGGCCACGUAACUGAAGGUUGUUCAAGGGACACACUAUUCAAUAACGAGACCUUCGAGAGUUGCGGACUAUCUCCGGCUACCGUCUCUUUGCUUCCGUCAAAGCCGGUCUACGAAGAUGAAUCUCCGGUGGCUGAUGUCACUUUCGAUGGUGUCACCAAUGCCAUCAUUGUACCACAAGAAACCUUAUCAGGACUAGUACCGGACAAGUUCUCUUUGACGUUCUCAAUGAAACAUGCCCGAGGGACAAAAGACGAUCAGAAGAACAAAAAGAACAUUUUAUGUGAAUCCGAUGAACAAGGGAUGAAUCGCCAUCAUUUCUCUGUGUACGUGCGCCAUUGCAAAUUGGAAGUUGUGCUGAGACGAGAAUCCGGAAGUAAAGCUGAAUUCCGAGCAGCUGAAUGGAGAUGGAAUACACCGCAGGUAUGCGAUGACGAAUGGCAUUCGUAUUCGUUGCUUUUCAACGGAGUCGACGAUGUGAAUCUGAUGAUCGAUGGCGUUGUCUUCAAAGCAAAUGAAAGAAAUCCGGAAAUUCUUGAUGACUGGCCACUUCAUCAGACGAAGGCCGUGAAGACUCGACUAGUCGUCGGUGCAUGUUGGCAUGGACGUCAACAGGCGAUGGCCCAAUUUUUCAAGGGAUCGCUCUCGGCUGUGUAUCUUCUUGUUGGGGAAACUGAAAGUCAAUCCGCCAUCGAAUGUGCACAUCGCUGUCCUGAACAACUACAAUACACAGGGAUGGACGAAAUUAUUGACGGGCAGGUGACGUUACCGUUAAAGCAUCAAAUGAGCAGGAGAUCAGUCUCUUAUGUGAACACGCAAGAAAAGCCGAUUCCUGGGCAUCGACCGUGGAUUCUGACCACCACUGUGGAAUGUGCUGAAGGAAAACAGCUGACUCUACCAACUACCAAGGGUUACGUUUUCGUAGAACGUGAACCUGAGCCAGUACUAUCGUUAUCGGGUACGGUAAUGUUGGAUGUUGAUCAACAUGCUGUCAAAGUUGGUACUCCAAUGAUUUCCGACAUCCAGAUCACCGUCAGCCAAACUGGAGCCAACGGCGAGGUGAAGGAUGUGACGUCGGCACACGUACUCGAUUACUGUAAAGUCCAUCUGAAGCCAUCUCGUGACAUGGAUCUCGAAUACUUCUCAUCACCCGCCUCCCUGAUCGCCUCACUUCAGAUAGACUUUGAACAUGACAAAGAGGGCAUCCUUCUACGUGGAGAGGAGAGCGUGAAGGGCUACCGUGAAGUUCUAUCAAAAAUUCACUACUUCAACACAAGACCUGACACCUAUAGCAAACGUAUUUACACGGUCCAAUGCGCUAUGCUUAAAGGACAAGUGCUCAGCAAUGAGCUCGUGAUUACGAUGACGAUCGGGCCAUCGAGUUCCGAUGCACCGGCCUCAUCCUUCUCUUCUACCGAAAACUUUGACAGUUUGGACAUGCUGGAAAGGCAUUUCGAGCCAGCAUUCGAUCAAAUUGGCAGCAAUCGCCUCCAGAACAUUCUCGAAAUGGACCUACCCCGACCGAAGGCCCUGCUCUCACAUCAUGGCUACGAAGUGGGACAAGGAGCCAUCGCAGGUGGCGCAGUUGCCGUUGUCGUGGUCAUUUGCGUCGGAUUCCUUCUGGUCCUUUUGGUAAUUGGAGUGCUGAAAAUGAGAGACACACCUUUACCCCGUCGACGAAAGAACCAACGACAGGAUGAUGGCAUGUCAUGGGAUGAUUCCGGAAUGAACAUCACAGUGAAUCCAUUGGGUGAUGUAGAGAAGCAUGUCGUCGAGGAUGAGUUCAGUGAGGAUGACGAGAGCAGCGACGGAGAAGAAAGGAAUAUCGCCAUUUCAUUCGGGAGAUGUCCCCUUUGCAUUCCAUGGGGUUUCAGAGAUCCAGAACACACUAUGUCGACAAACUCCCAUAUUGUUCCCGUCGUUUUUUUCAGCUCCCUUACCGUCUCCCUUUUUUCGAUGUUCACCAAAUGGCCUAGAACUUCUUUAUGGUUUUGCUAA